CAGUUUUAUUUCGUUUUCUCGUCGCGACGCAAGUGCUGGUGAAAUCGUUGUGGCAAAAGCCUUUUUAAAGCUGAUAAAACUACUAUAGUGGCCCCGUGUCCAAGUUAGUGGGCUCUUUGGGCAGCCGAAACCCGAUUAAAUAAGGUUUACACAAAGAUUUUAAGGGAAAAUAUAUUUUCCUCAAAAAACGUAGCAUAGCGAGUGCGGACAACGUCAAAAGAAGAAAGCAAAAUUAGCAUGUUGCGUGCGGUGCUCUGACUCUGGAGGUGAAAGGGCGACUACAUAAGGGAAGUGCAGGUGCAACGAAGCCAUCAUGGAUGCCCAGUUCGAGCACUUGUGCCGCAUUUGCGCGGCCAAUACGAAGAGCAAAACCAACUCGGUGGUGGAGAGUGUGUUCAUCUUCAAGACCCAAGGCCUCAAGGAUAAGAUAUCGCGCCACCUCUAUCUGAACGUCGCUGAAGACGAUCCACUGCCAAAGGUGCUCUGCAAGUCGUGCUACCGACAGGUUGAGGCCACGGCCUCGCUCUCAAAUAUUGCCAAGCACACGCAGCUUGUGUUUCGGGAUUUCCUACUCAGCACAUUGCCCAAAAAUGCACGAGAAGCAGCAGCGGCACAGCUGUCUGGAAGAAGCGAGGAAAAUCCUGCACAGUCCGACGAAUUCCGUCCCAUCUUGUUAACCCACGUGCCGGAGACCACCAUUACAGUGUCCAAGCCCCAGGCUGGGAACACACCUAAAGAAGACAACAGCAACGUUGCUACUAGAUCCAACAAGGCUACUGUGAGAUGCGAGGAAAACCUUUCGCACACCGAUGAAUUUCGUCCUAUUAUGCUGACCCGUGUGCCGGAGACCACCAUCACAGUGUCUCAGCCGCAGGCUGGGAGUAGGCCCAAGGAUGAUGGCGUUGUCGCCAGUAAACUCAGGGAGCCUAGGGAAAGUGUCGUGCCUCCUGGUAUCGCAACUGGAAGGAGCAAUUUGCCGCCGACGCGUCGCAGUAGCGUAUUUGUGGAUUCUCGCUACGGAUCGGCGCCAAUGUCGAUUGCACAGCGGUCGAUGCAACAUCUGCCUUCGUUGGUCCCUCUAACUUCCGAGGUUUCGGCAAUCAGUAUCCCCAGGAAGAGUCCGGAGAAGAAACUGUCGCCGGCCGGGGUGAUAAACUUCAUUCAGACGCACGGACGCAUCACCGGCAAUGUGCCGGUGGCCGGCAAACACGACAACACCAGAACUACAACGGCAUCCGUUUCUCCAACUUCAAAUACGCAAGGGACCGGAAUGGCAAACUUACCCAGCAACGUCUUACAACAGAAACGCAGAAAUCUCAAGAACGCCUUGAACAACAUCAAAGCCAUACACAGCGGGCAGGUGUCGCUGCUUAAGUCAGCGCAAAUCCGGAACCCAGUCGAUGAUAUUCGGCCCUCUGUCACUGCGACAGUAGUUCCUCAAGAAGCCCUGUACGGGUGUGAGCCAUCGGUGGAGGAAGCGUUGCCGGAGCACAUGAUCUUUGCGGCGCCAAAAAAGAAGCGGGAGGACGAAGAGCCCUUGGUUAAGACGGUUCCGCCGAAGUUAAAGAAAGGCCUGCCGCCAAGUCAAGCCAAGUCAUUGCCGGUCACGCUCGACCUGACUGAAUCUUCGGCCGGCCCACAUGCUUCACCCCCGACCAAAUCAAUGCCCAAUGUAAAAAGCCUCUCGGAUGCAAUUUCCCUGGGCAGCGUUAUAAGGGAUCCGGACUUGUUGAUGCUCAUUCUUAAAGCACUGAAGUGGCCAAUAUCUGCCGGGAACUGUGAAGAGCAAAUGGCUCGAUUAAAGUGCUCAAAAUUUGGUGUUAUUAUGUCGGAUAACAACCUUCUUCAGGACACGGACCUCACACAGCUUUUGGGUCCCUAUUUGGGCCCCAUGCUGGCGGUUGUUCAACAGCAAGAUAAACAGGCUGUUUCAGCGGCUAUCCCGACUGCUGGGCUGAGCAAUUCCUUGCCAGCCACAAAGGAUAUACUGAAGUUGACAGACCUAUCCAGUGCAAUGCCUUACAAACUACCACCAGAGACGUCGGUUCAACUAGUACCCUCCAGCCCCACAGAGUUGGAACCUCCACCUCCACCUCUGCGGCCCAGGAAGUCAGUUAGUGUAUCUUCUGUGAAACGUUCUCAACGAAAAGUGCGGACUCGAGAACGGCCAACCGGACAACCAUCGGCUUCAACUUCAAAUGCGGCGCAUGUGAGCAGCGAGUUAUUGAACAUCAACGCUAUGCUUUUAUCACAAUUUGGAUCAAAUCCUGCGGAUGCGCUUAACGAGGCCCUUAUUUCACUGCUUAAGCAGCAGCAGGAGUCGAAGGAACAACGUAGUUCCCGCCGGCGACGUAGUGCGUCAAGCAGUGUAGUUAAUUUAGAAGAUAUUGUGCUAGUCGAGCCACAGCCGCAGGCGCAGCCACUGGAGGCGGGACCACACGCCGCCGAGGACGUCGUGGAUGACCAUUUAAUCAAGCAACUCCCUCCAAUAGAGCAACCUGCAGUUAAUCGACCUGUUGUUAAGAGGCGUAGAACCGUCAUGCAGGCCUCAAAACCGCCAGAAACUGUAGGGCGUAGCAAUAGGGACUCGUCCCCUGUAAAGACUCAAAAAGCAUCUUAUUCUGUUGCCUCAGAGGAAUCUGUUAUGAAGCUAUCUGAAAAUGCUGUUCAAAAAGUAAAGCAAUCAAUUGAAGAACCCACGGCUGAGCCGUCCCAGGCACCGACAAGCACAGUGCCAGAGGCUGCGAGCCAUCAUGUCGAUCCUCUACCCACAACUGAGCAAGAGCCUCCUGAAGCCACUGAGGCUUCUCCGUCGAAUGGAGCCAGUGGAGAUACGGAAAACGGCAAAGCAGACACGGCACCCGUUCGCAAGUCGGAGGGUAAGGCUGCGCUCGGCCAGAAGCUGCUGGAGGCAAUCGGUCUUCCUCAGCUUGGCAAGGAUGUGGCACCGGAGAGCUCGCGCGACACCCUCAGGAGCGCCCUGAAACGUUCGCUGAAACAAGCGCAGGAGCAACAGCAGCAAUUGAAGCGGGUGAAGCAGGAAGAGCCCGUCAAGCAACUGGCGGAUUCUACGACCAAGCUCAGUGCUGCCGAAUCGGCGGAUGAGCGCAAAAAAGUGAUUGCGGAACGGGAGCUGGCACUGCUAAAGCGCAAGACGGCAACAUCCGGAGAUGACAGCAGGUUGUCCGUUAAGGACGAGAAAUCUGAACGCACCGACGUGAGUUCUUCCUCGUCGCGGAAUCGCCGAAGCCGUAGAUCCAAGACGGAUGCAACAGCGGACUCGGGCGAUGAAGAAAAGAAAUUGGAGCGAUGGGACGAGGAUGACGAAAUGCCGUUGAAGACGGACGCUGAAAAGGCUAUGGAACGAAGCAGCAGCAGCAGUAGUAGCAACCGCCCGACCCGCACGAGCAAGAGCUUGUCCAAGUAUUACAAGGGUCCAUCCCCCAAAUCGCAGCACGCAAUGGGUACGCGCUCCACACGGCAGCGCUGAUUAGUUCCCGGCCACAAAAGAUUUACAUUUUAUUUCACAUAUGAAAUAUGAGAAAUUAUUUUUGAAAAAUUACAUAGCUUAAGUGUCUUGGAAUUGUUCAACUGUGUACAAUGUACGCGCGAAUGUUGAACCUCGUUUAGUUAUUACAUUAGAGUCGAAGAACCCUAUUGAUUCGAGGACAAUAGUACAACUAUUUGAAAUCGUUCUCUUAUAAAUCAAAUUAUGAGGAACGGAUUGUAAUGAUAAAACUUAAAAUAUAUACAUUUAUAAUGGAAAGUUAAACCUUAAGAUCUUUGAAAGUUUGCGUUAUUUGAAUUAUAUUUUUAUCGACGAUUACCCAGAAGUCUAUUAUUUAGUUUUAUUUUUGCUGCCUUCUUCAAAGUGGGGCUUGUAAGAUAUCUACUGAAAAUGAUACAGCUGCAAUUGUACGAUCAAUGUCCGUUCUAUGAUCUCUGCGAUCAGGUCAUAGUGCUUCUCUUGUUUGAAAGUUGAUUUGGUUGAGUUAAAAACCAUUCUCCUCUAUUUUUCUAACCAAAACUAAUAAAUUUGUAAUACUAUUUGUAA